GCACACGCUCAUCUGGGCCCGGUACAAGCGAAGGCACAGCAGGAUGCGUGUGGUCUUCGCUUUCCCACUGCUGCUGCUCCUGGCAGCGGCGGCCAAUGCACAGUUUUUCCGCAUCGUGCCAAAGCAGGGAACCACCGUGUUCAAGGUCCGCGGUAUCGUGACCCUCACCACGCCCGAACUCUCGGGACACUCAAGCUCUGCACUGGAGUACGUCGGUGAACUGGCCGUCCGCAGGCUGACCCAUGACAACUACGCGGCUCAGUUCCUCACGUUCAACGUAAACAAGUACAACAGGACGUUGAACACUGUCGACACUCCCGUCUUCGAGGGCGUCCCGGAGGUUGAGGACUACAAGGAGCUCUUCGACCAGCCCAUUAACUUUGUCUUCAAGCAUGGCAAGGUUCUGGCCUACUACGUCCCAUACUACUCUAAGAUUUGGACCGUGAACAUCUACCGUGCAGUUCUGACCCUCUUCCAGAGCGCUCCUGUCGACCCACGCGUCAUCGUCGACGCUCCCAAGGUGUUCUCUGUUUACGAGGAAGCAGUGAACGGUUUCUGCCGCGUCCAGUAUGAGGUCAAGGUCGAAAGCGACAUGGAACUCGAAAUCAACAAGGUCCAAUUCCUCGACGACUGUCAGAGGGAGCGUCCCAUCUACGCUAUGGAUGACGCUGAUGUUCAGGGAUGCCCCGGAGUGUGCAGCGAACACUACCCCGAGAACUUCCUGCCCGGCUACCAAGGAGAAACCCCGCUGCACUACAAAGCAAAGCCAGGUUGCCCUGUCUCCAUGAGGCCCACGGAUGUUCUCGUCAAUGUUCACUCCUACAGCCACUACAACGUGAGCAAGUCCUACCUGCAGAACGUCACCGCGGAGACGGUCGAUGUCUUGCGUCAGUACGGCGGCAAGGUGACCGCACACACCAAGCUCUCUCUCGAAGUCCUUCACCGCAAUGGACCCGAGAUCGUCAAGUACAGGCACACCACGAACUACGACUUCCUCAACUUCACGUUGCCCCGCGUCUACAACGACCUCGACGUGCCCAUCUACACCCUCAUGGUUUCUGACGUCAAGGACCUUAGCCCAGAAAAGUUCAAGCAGAUGUUCGACGUCGCUGUCAAGGAGUUGCUCGAGCUCACCAAGGUGGACAAAUCCGGAGAUCCCAAGAAGACUCCCUCUCUGCUUCUUCAGCUGGUUGAAGCUCUGAGUGCCAUGACGGACAAACAAGUGCUUGCUACAGUGCCAACUCCCCUGAAAAAGUCCCUCAAGGAAUGCACUCAGGACGAACAGCUUAUUAGGGGUCUGUACCUCGACCUUCUGAGCAAGGCUGGUAGCAAGUCCGCAGUCAAGGUCUUGCUUGAGCUUGUAGUCAGCGGAAAGCUGACCCACUUCGAAUCCGUCCACGCUCUGCAGGACGUCGCCGCAUUCAAGGCUUACCCAGACAAGGAAUACGUCGAAGAUCUUGUCGAUGUCUGUGUUCAGAAGAAGGCCAAGCUGUCUCCCUUGGUUCAUGCUGCCGCUUGCGCUGCGGUUGGCAAGGUCAUCAGCAAGGCCUGUCCAUCCAAGAUCGACAUGCCGCCCUACGUUCCCAAGCCUCCUCAGGAUCUGGAUGGCCCAUUCGUCAGGCCUAACGUGACCGAACCGGAAAUUGAGCCAGAGAUUGAGCCUUCUGCGGCUGAGCUUGCACAACAUAAACUACCACCAUUCGAUUACAAGACAGUGAACAACUGCGUUGUCGUAGACCUUGAGAAGCACGUCAAGACUCUGACCCUGGCCCUGGAAGCCAGCAAAGAUUUCAAGGAAGCAGUUGCCUACGUUACCGCUCUGGCAAAGGCCGCAAAGCCCGAGGUGCUCCCCAGCCUUUUGGGCUACCUGAACGGCACCGCUCAUAACCUGAAGUACUUUGUUGACGAAGCUGAAAGCGUGGAAGAAGCCGUCGUGUUCUUCAGGCAGCUCACUCUGCUUGCUCUUGACGAAUUCGUCAAGUUCUAUCCCAAGGAGCUGAACCCAGUUGUCCGUGCUCUUUACCUGAACACAAGCGAGCCCACUCAGCUCCGUACGCUGGCAUUCGACCUCUGGCUCAAGACAGUGCCCGAAAAGUGGGAGAUCCAGAAGGUCCUCGUCACCGCUAAGCUGGACGACAGCCUCGAGCUCGGCAGCUACGUUUUCACCGCACUCAAGUCUGUCCUUCACAGCAAGCUCCCAUGUGAACAGAUCCUGGCCAGCCGCGUCCACAGUGUGUUCAGGCAUGUCAAGCACUUGGACCUUGGCUUCAGGUACUCUCACCUCUACAAACCCAGCGUAUACAACUUCAAGAGAGACCUCGGUGUCGAGGCUGCCCUCAAGAAGAUCGCAACCAACUCCUCACGUGUCGCUGCUAGCCACCUGAGCCUUCUGUACAACCUCGGACCUUUCUAUAGGACGCCCAUUCUUUACUCUCUCCUGCCCAAGGGAGGCGAACAACUCGUUGCUGAACUCAUCGGUGAGGAAGGUCUCCUGUCCCUUGUCUCCAAGGUUCUUGGAGGACGCCCCGUACCUGAGCCACACCGCCAGCACAAGGACAUUGCUGAAGAGCUGAAGAUCGUUGAUCGCACCAGUGAGUCUCCCAAGGCUGCCUUCUUCUGGAAGUUCCUGAACGGAGAGACUGUUCUACCCGUUGACAAGAAGUACCUGCAUGUGCUCAAGCUCGAACUUGUGGAGUGGGUCCGUCAGCUGGUCAGUGGAGGCGGCAACAAGCACUUCGUGCGUGUCGUGCUCCCAGCGAAGCAGUACCACGUCGAGCCGACCAGUCUGGGUAUCCCCUUGGUUCACUCCGUCCUUCACCCAGUCGUGAUUUCUCUUCGCGUUGACAAGCUGAAGGUCACCUACGAGAACAUUGUCAAUUCCGCCGCCCCCGCAAAGCUCAUAGUCACCGGAACCUUCCACCCAGCUGUCCUGUCACUGCGCCAGACUCGUGUUGUCGCCGCCGACCUCGAGAAGUUCCACUCCCCAAGCGUCGUUGUCAGUGACGUCAAGGAAAUUGCCCUUCAGUCCCACGUCAUUCUUAGUUACUACAAUGCCACCAGGAGACUGUUCUUGGAAGUAAAGCCCAAAUUCAACCGCAUGCUUCUAUCCACUCACUGUGUUGAGCACAACCUUAAGUGGCACCUCCUUCUCAGCGGAUCUCCCAGUGAGCCAUGGCUGGACUAUAGCAAGUGCUACAAGAGCUUGCCCUUCCCUUACACACACAAGCGCGACCUCUUCGGAAAGGAGCUUGGCAUGGUCAUCAAGGUGAACGGCACCAGUGAGAAGCCAGGAGCAAGUCUUCCCGUCUUUGGCAGCCCUAAAGCUAUGGCCGAAGGCUACCUACAGGCUCUGUUCCAAAAAUUCGCUAACCUAGGCUGGAAACACCAUCAGUACACCGUCGGACUCGAAAGUUACACCCGCAACCCGGUCGACAGGUGGCGCCUGCACCUUCGUUGCACCAGCAACCUUGACGAGCUCGAUGUUGGACCUAAGCCCCAGCCUCCCUGCCCAUGGUGCGAACCCGUAGAACCUGCAGUUAAGCCAGUCCCAGAACUGAUGCUGCGCUCCAUUCGCAUGCGUGAGGUUACGGACGACACUGCAAAACUUGUUAACUUUAUGGAGGAGGACGAUGACACGGCCGCUGCUGCAUUCUACCCAGAGUUCACGGGACUCGACGAGAUGCACGAUGGUCUGCAGGUACUUCUCAACAAGACCCAGCACCCUCUGUACAAGACUGGAUACCAGCACAACGCCACCGUUGUCCUCGUCGGUUGCUACGAGUUGCAACUCAAGAGGCUUCUCAAAUUGGUUCUGACCGAAACUCACACCCUCGAACGUACUGCCAGGAAGUUCGCCAUGCACCUCACGUCCGACUUCCUCCCCAAGGAUCUCAAGCUGUACGGAAACGUGACAUACCCCGAAGUGGACAGUUACUUCAACCUGGAACCAGCUUACAUCGGUACUGACUUCGUCAACGCAACUCUUGUCGCCACCCUCCUUGAGCCCAAGACCAGCCAGGAGGAGACUUACGUGUUCUACUACAACGCUACGAAGAGCGAAGAACAACUGGUUGGUUUUGCCAGCUACCACUACAAGCCUCUGCUGAAGUGGUUUACGCCUCAAUGUUUGGCUGACAUCAAGGCCGGAAAAACUGUGAGCUACGCCUGCCACAAAGCCCUCGUCCAUGACGGACACCUCGACCAACAGGUCCUUACUGUCACCCUUCCAGAGAAGGUGAGCCCAUGCGUCAAGCAGUUGUCCCACGCCGCCAUUGACUUGCUCAAGUACUACCUGUACCCGCGCGUCGUGUUCCAAGGUGUCGUUCCACCCCUGUCCCCCAAGAAGGAACUCGUCUUCUACUUCAACAAGACCCAGGCCAAUCCAUUCGUUACCGUCCUCAACGCCGAGGCCUACCUUCCCCACGAAAAACUGAUCGUGAAGAACCUUCCAGUGCCCAAGUACUUCUCUCCGAACACUGCCCUGACCGUGGAGGAACGUGUUUUGAGGACCCUGACUAAGGACAACCCACUUCAGCCCUGCGGUGUCGGCAAGUACGCCGUUAGGACCUUCGACAACCUGACCUUCCCCUUGGAAGUGCGCCAGAACUGCAAGUACCUGGUCACCCGCGACUGUUAUGGAGUCUCAAAUUUCAGCGUCGUUGUCGAACCUAUCGACAUUAGGACUAGUCUGAAGAAACUCUACGUGCAAUUGUACGAUACCGUUGUGGAAAUCCUGCCCCCAGCCCUGUACUCUCCUGAAGUGAUGCUGUUCGUUAACAAGACGACCUACGUGGCUACUGCCCACAGGGAUGUUGUUCUCAAGUUCAGUGAUGUGCACAAGUUGUUGGUUCAAGUUCACCGCUCUCCCAACCCACGUGAAGUACCCACCGUCAUUCUCAAGACUACCAACAACAUGCUGGAGCUCAACUUCGACGGAUACAACGUCUACGUUUGGGUGAACAAGAAGUACCAGCGCAAGACGUGCGGUGUCUGCGGCAACUACGACAACGAGGCCUCGCACGAAUUGCUCACGCCAGCAAACACCGAGGCCAGAAACUACACGCAUUUCGUAACCAGCUACGCCUUCGGAGCUGAACUCUGCAAGGUCCCCGUCUACCCUGUCCCAUCAGUUCACUCUGAACUUCUCCGUGAAAGCAUGUACAUCCGUGGCAUGGGAAACAGCCCUCGCCACCCCUUCCUGCCCGCGUUCGACGACAGUGCAGAACUACCACCUGCUGAAGAGCUCCGCUCAUGGGAGUCUAGGGAACCAGAAGUCGAAGAUCUGUACGAGUGCUCUCUCCAUCGCACCCUGAAGCGUUCCGUCAACAGGAACUUGUGCUUCAGCAAGGUCCCCGUUUACGCGUGCAAACCCACUUGCGUCAAGUCCAACGGAACGAAGACGAAGGUGCCCUUCGUGUGCGUGCCAAAGAAAUCCCCCGAAGCUGCUGAAUGGCUUCGUCUGCUCACUGCCAACGAAGGCGUCCUUCCCGAGAGCGCCUUCGAAGGAAAGGACUUGGAGGUCCGCGAGGAGACUGUCCUGGUGCCUGGAAAGUGCCUGCCCCUUGUGUAAACAUGUACAUCUUUAGAGUAUGAUUGAGUAAAAUAAAAACAUCGAUUGAUUCCAA